UCACACGGACAAACUAGCUUCUUCAGUCCGUUGAGAUGAAGUACCCCAAGACCUGGUUCAUUCUCCCCACAACGAUCUACAAGCCCAAUGACUACAUCGAGCUAGGCCAGGUCAUCACCGACCCCAGAAAGCCCUUUGAACGACUUGCCCAGCCUCUCCCGCUCGAAGGGGUCCUCGCGCCUCGCACCUCGCCAUCCCUCGAAUGGAGCGCAACCAACACCAAAACGAGCGAGUCGUCCGUCGGCAUCUUCGCUCAUGUCGUCAAUAUAAUGACGGCUGAGGCAUCCGGUGGGAAAUCUCAGGACGAAACGCAGACUUGGAAAGCGGCACUUCUCGAGACGCGCUUUUUCGAAAUCAGCGAGGACCCGACGUAUGUGGAUCGAACCACCAAAGUCAAAGCGGUGGAAGAAUGGCUCAAAAAGAACCGCCGCCUCGGCAAAACGGUGUAUAUGAUCGUGGGGCUGAAGAUUGCAAAGAAUCCAGGCAUGGUCACGUAUGAUGGAUCUGACUCCUCGAACCUCAACCUCAACCUCAAGGCAACUCUGGACCCGAACGGCGUUGUCGAAGGGGGCGGUGAGAUCCGUAGAGACACAUCAAAUGCUGUGACGUACGAGGAGAGGCCUGAGGCUGCCUACGUGUUUGCAUACCGCCUACGAAAGCUUAGGGUGGCAUGGCACAACAAAUUCGCGCUGGGAGACAACAAGGCUGGUGGUGAUCUGUACGGCCUUCCACAGGGGAAAAUUGAUUCCGAGGGAAUUGGGAAAGGUCAGGACGAUGAUUCUGCCUUUGAGAUUGAGAGUGUCUUGUGUGAGGAGCUUGAUUUUGGAGAAUCUUUACCCGUGAAGGACAAGAAAUUUGAGGCAGUUGAUGAGGAAGAUGAUAGUGUAUGUCUAGUUAUCAAGACUAGGGGUUAGAACAGCUGAAAAUAUUAACAAGAUAGGCUUGUACGGUUCAGUUCCCACAAAGGUUGGGACAAUACAGCUUUAAGACACAUGCAGCAUUUUUCAUCGUGAAAGAAACGCGGUACUUCGCGCAAAGUCAAGGGUUGGCCAAUACACACAUACACAGUCAAUCCAGUGAACAUCAGACAUUAGCUAUGUAGAGAAUAUCAGUAAGCCUU